AUGCCUACACAAAAGUGUUCAAAGAGAAGACAUACCGAAAACGACUUCUCUCACUGCUCUCUCGAGACGAGUGUGCUGCUCUACAAGACGCCUAUCCGGCGGACUGGUCUGCCUGCAUAUGUUGUAUGCUCCUGUGGGGGUGAGCUCUGGGGCAGGGAAGAUGUCCCUGAGUUGAACCAGGCGGCGGUUUUGGGGCAUGCCUUACUCCAUCAUGGUACAGAGGGCGGCUGCGCAGCUUGUAUCGAGACUGAUCGGGAGCUAAUAGCGCUUUCGUUAGUUGCGGCUUGUGGGUGUGUUUCAAGGCAGUACUUGCUGUCAACCAGUCAAAACGCCAUCAACCAGGACUUCGCCAUAGAAUGCCCGGGGCCAUGCCGGCAGCGCACUCUCAAGUGGUGCCAUGGUAUGAUGCCUAAUAAGGCGUUUGAUAUGCUUGCUGGUGUUGAAGGAGACUUGAACAGCUCAUUCCGCAAAGAUCUAAGGUCUUAUGUCAAGGGUAUCGCGACUUUCUAUGCCUGCUCAGUUAUGACAGGGCCAGGCCAGGCCACUGACCGACCAGUCCGACAAACGAAGCUCCCUUCGUUUGAGGCAUACCUACGUGAACGGCUGGCCGACGGCUUCUGGUAUGCAAUGAAAGCAGCAGUCAGCUCUCCAGAUGCUGACAGGCUCUAUCUCACCCGAUACUCAACCGGAAUUCAUGAGUAUGCCAUUGAUCCGGCAUGUGCAUUUGAUACUCUGGGCCACGCCCGGGCACUCCAAGAGGAUGCACUGUACGGUGCAUGCAGUUAUGAUCGCCAGCCAUUAGACCAGCUCCCGGAUUCGAGGUCCGAUUCUUACGACGAUAUUAUCUAUGCCGCGGGAUACUUAUCCCUGGCAUCAUACGUGUGGGGUGCCAAUGCGCACCUUGACCUGUUGCGCGGACAAGUCAAUCAAACAUCUGCUACCCCUCCGCCCGAACACUGGUAUGCUCGAGUUUGGCACGAUGCACUGUUUGGGCAGUGUACACCUGGGGAGCUAUACAAAUGGACAGCACGUACAAAAGACCACGGGCGCUUCACUGGGGAUCGAGAGUUCACCGGAUGUCAGUCUGACUGUAGCUGUCCCGAAAGUUACCAUAAAUAUGGUCUAGGAGCAACAUUGUUCUGGGCACGAGAAACGUGGUGUGGCGUAUCCUGCCCGUCUGCGCCAUUUGAUGUGUGGAUGUUUGGCUCCUUUGUCGACGCCCUGCACCAGAACCGACCGCGUCUGCAGCCUUGCCCGUCCGGAAAGCAUGCAUUGGCGGGAUUGCACAGGUGA